AUGCUGAUACCAGUAUGUUGUGAUCGCCUACCAAUUCGGCUCGAAGUGGCCGUUAUAUCAGCCAAUGGCCUGCCAAUAAUGAACAAGUCAAUAAACUCCACUGACGCGUUCGUCGAAAUACGUUUUGCUGAUGACGUGCAGAAGACUGAAGUAGUGACCAGCCUUAAUCCAAGGUGGGAUAGUGAAUUAUUUCCAUUUGAUACCGACGAAAAACAACUAGUUGAAUGUUGGCUACAGUUUAGAGUGAUGGAUCACGACACAUAUUCAGCAAACGAUGCAAUAGGAAGAGUGAAUUUAGAUUGCAACAUCUUUGUGGAGAAAAUGCGAAUGCAGGAAUUGGAGCGAAUUGAUGAAACUCAUGUCUUACCGAUAUACGACACUCUUAACGGCAAUCGUGGGGAGCUGAAAUUUCGCAUCAAAUUGCAGUUACUUGUGGAAACCGAUCUCAGGAAUUAUGUACAAAUUCUAUCAGGAUAUCAAAUCUACUCUGGCUAUAAAAUUGUCGAGAUCGUCGGCCUUAUGCAUGAACUGAAGUCUGAAAAGGACCCAGAUUACGAAUGGUUAGACAGAAUCCGUACCCCUAAGGCCACCAACGAGGCACGGCAGUCGGCUAUUCGAGAUGCUUUGAGGAGCGCAGUUGUGAGCCUAGCACACAAAGUCAAUAAGCAUCAAUGUAAUCUUAUAUGCGGGUACCAAGAGUACCUAGAUGUGGAAGGCUCCUCUACGGACCUCUUUACUGUACGUGUACUAGGUACAGCACUUAGAAUACAAAAAGUGAAGUACGCAGAACCGUGCAGCGAUCGCAUUCCCUUCUCUAUUUUGACAUUAAACGAGAUUCCUGGAAAUAGACAAUGUGGCAUUGGUGCGAUAGUAGCAACUCGAGCAGUGCAUGUUUUGGAAGACAAUGACGAAGACCCCGAAGAUACGAGGAAGAGUUGGUGGAAUGAACUUCGAUCGGAACUACAUCAGCAAGCUGUAUCUAUUGGUUGCAAUGUGGUUAUUGGUUAUUCAGAACAAUUUACAGUUAAUGAUGGAGUGGCAUUGAUUGGAUGUAUUGGAACAGCUGUGGUUAUGGGACACGAAGAAGAAGCCACUCUCGUGAGUCGUAAUUUGCAUGCGGAUUCAGAUCGCAGCGACAAAUUAAAGGAAACUCGUGAGAAACAAGCAGAGCUUAAUGUAAGGCAGUCGGUGCUUUGUUCAAGGUUUCAUACUCCGCUUCAAGCUGGACGGACCCAAUUCAAUGUAACAACAAGCGUUUGCUCCGUUUGCAAGAGCGGUUCCGUUACGGACUUUUUGAUUUCAACUACUACUUGUCCUCCACCGCAUUACCUGCUUGGUCCGAAAUCGUUUAUACAGGUUUCCGCAGCCAAAAAAAUUUCAACGGAUCCCAAUGACGCAGAUGGAUAUGCUGCGGAAAUCAGCAAUGUUCUCCCAUUUGCCGAUCAUGACCUCUUCAACACGCUUUUGGGAGAAGCAAAAUCUCUUAAUCCUAAUGCUAACGCAGUGUUUGAUGUUAUCUGCACGUAUUCUUUGUCAGAUUCUAUAUUGGUUUCCGUAGUGACGGGUGUACUUGUACGACUUGUUUGCUUACCACGCGACGAAUCUGUAUCACCGUCCUUAUCAAACGUGCUUUCGUUUACUAGUCUUCAGCGUUACAACGAUGCAAGAAGAUUCUCAUGGGGAACUGUGCGAGAGGCUAUACGAUUCAAGCAAUCUAUUACUCCUGGAAUAAGUCUGAAGAUUCCUAAUCUGAAGCCACCUAACUCAGAGCUCUCUGAGAUGUCUGCAUCGAAGAAUCGCUUAGGGUUGAACACUUUUGUUGGGAAAAUUCGUCGACGUCAACACGAAAAGGAGUACGUCAGUCACAUGGUCUUUGAGCGCCAUCUCAGUAUAUCAAUAGGUCUUUUGGAUCCAACACUGGCUUGCAAUAGUAACUCGAUUGCCGGUAUGCAUAUUUCUCCAAGCCUAAGUAAUUGCCUUUUGGCAAAAGAUCGCUGCGGACGCAUGAAGGUGUUAACUAGAUGGAGUGAUGUUUUCAUAAGAGAGGACCUUACCAACACCAUAAAAGAUUCACAGUCAGUGGAUACUUUUGUGACGAACGCCCUAGAAGAAAGAUUGUGUAUGGCGAGAUCUGUGGCAGCGAUAGGUGGAGAUGGGAGUCUAAGCGGUGGUAGCGUGGGGAGCGCGUGCAACAUCGCUUCUGCUCUCUCUGGUCUUCGGAUCGCCAGUCCUCAGUUCAGCGUAUCGAAGGAACACGCACAUAUGAUUAUGUUGAUGAGUUGUGAUGUGAAUUGUUACGAAUGA